AUGGUGUCAUCAGGGAGGUGUGUAGUUGUGUUGCUGGCUGUGUUUGUGUGCUACACUAGUGCACAUACUUGGGGAAUGCUACAACAGAAGCCCCAGGCUCAAGUAGUUCAGAAGGUGAGACAAUCGAGGCCAGUAACUUAUGACCAGCAGGCCAAGAAGCUGAAACCGCAGCCCCAGUGGCUGCCUCAGCAGGUUACCCAGGGACCAGUAGCCACAACUCCUAUUGAGAAAUGCCAAGUAAAGGAGGAAGAGCGGAUUACUUGUGGAGCCCCGGAUCUUACUCUUGCUAAAUGUGAGGCGAUCAACUGCUGCUUUGAUGGGCGGCGGUGCUACUAUGGGAAAGCAGGUGUGUCAACUGUUUUGGCUCUCCCUUAAGUUAAUUUUACAAUUUGCUUAAUUCUUUGCGCUUGUCCCUGCCUAUCUUGUAAGAUGACUAUUUAGAGUUAUAUUAGUGUCAACAUAAAGGUAGUGAAUUAAAUGUUGGCACUAUCAUGCCAUACCUUUCCAGAAUGGCGCAUGAGCUAUAAUUAAUCUCCUCUGUGCCCACUCCUUCCCAAGUGACUGUGCAGUGUACCAGAGAUGGUCAGUUUGUUGUGGUGGUGGCCAGGGAUGCCACUCUGCCCAACCUGGACCUUGACUCAAUCAGUCUGCUAGGACCACAAGAUGCCCCCUGUAAGCCUGUUGGCACCACGAAAGCCUUUGCCAUAUACCAGUUUCCUGUCACUGCCUGUGGCACCACUCUGAUGGUGGGUAGAUACUUUCUCUUAAUGUGCCAUGCAAUGUAAAUCUAUUGAGCAUCUAGGAAAGUGCUUUAUGAAUCCAAUCAAUUGCUUCCAGUGGGUUCAUAUUUAGGGCUUGAGGUCAACACUGCUGGGGUUCUAUUCUGCCUGGUAGUUAAUUGAUUGAGUCCUCUCACCUGGUGUGCUUGAUGUAAUUUUCUUCCUCUGAAUUAGUCCCCAAUUAACACCAGGGCCCAGUUCUGGAAAAUGUCUAGAUUUUAGGAUGAAAUGCAUAGACUAAAUAUGAAGGUUGUCCCAUUCAAGUCAAUUUUUUCUGUUCUAUGCAUUUAAUACUAUCUGAUAGAUAAAACUGGGCCCUGCAUUAAUUUAAAGCCUGUUAUAUACCAUUGGCUUAUGCUGAAUGCUGUGUUGUCCCUUGCAGGAGGAAAGUGGCUAUGUGGUCUAUGGGAACAGUAUGAUGUCUUCCUAUGAAGUAGGGAUUGGACCUCGAGGCUCAAUCACCAGAGACAGCCAUUUUGAGUGAGUCUUCUCUCCAUGAAGUGGUGUAAAACUACAAAGUUCCCUUCAGCCAAUUCCACUCAAGGCUUAACUGAACUGGCCAUUUAACUACUUACAGAUAUGUUUAUUUUCAUGCCUUGAAAUAUUUCUAAAGUCAUUUUCUGUUAGUCUCCUUGAUUCACAGCUUGAGUGAGAAUACCCUAAAUGUACUAGCCUACCCAAUGUGGAGACUCAGUACUGGCCUAAAGUACUUGUGUCAAAAUGUUCAUUCUUCUAGGCUGCAGUUCCAGUGCAAGUACUCUGACACUGCGGUGGAGUUUUUGGUUGUUGAGGUGAACGCUGUUCCUCCACCUGCUCCAGUCGCUGCUCCUGGACCUGUCCGAGUGGAGCUCCAACUGGCCAGCGGACAAUGUUACAAUAAGGGAUGUGUGGAAGGUAAGCUGGAGAAAUGGUUGGUGUUAGAAGAAUCAAAUCUUGCUGUGAUGCUACGUUGCUUUGUGGCAUACAAGGGGGUGGGUGCAGGCUUUCAUUAAAAGCGAACUAACACCUGAUUCUAUGAAUCCUAGUUUUCAAUUAAGACUUAGUUGCAUCAGAUGGGUUACUACUUGGGUGGAACAAAUGCUUGUUCCAACAUUCUCUAUGGCUAGCACUGUUUUGAAAGUUCUACACUUCAGUUUUGUGUGAACUCUACUCUUUCUCCACAGAAGUGGAAGCCUACAGGUCAUACUACAGUGAGGCAGACUACCCAGUCGCAAAGCUCCUGAAGGAGCCAGUGUAUGCAGGGGUUCACAUCCUGGGGAGGACAGAUUCUAACCUGGUCCUGAAUCUGGAGUACUGCUGGGCCACCUCCACCCCCAGUCCCUUCAGCUUGCCCAAGUGGGACCUCCUGGUUGAUGGGUAACUAGAGAACCAAGAUGGUUGCCUUGCUGCUUGAUUUCAAAUCAAAUUUUGUCACAUGUUAUUGUGGGCGUAGUGACUUUCUUGUGCAUCUAGCUCUGACAGUGCCGUAAUAUCUAACAAUUUAUUUCAGUGUGUAUAUAUAGUAAGGACUGGAAUGUAUACAUAUAUGGACAAGCAAUGGCAGAGCGACAUGGACUAAGAUCCUUUGCUUCAUGUGUUUGAAUUUAAUUUUGAAUCUGUGCUUACACGUGAAGCUUGUAAACUAACUGGCAUCUUCCAAUCAGGAUUUCUGAAACCUGGGCAUUUUGGGAUUGCUUCUGCAAUUGUCCCAACCUAUUCCUAACAAUGACUCUUUCCAGGUGUCCGUACCUGGAUGACCGAUACCUGACCAACGUGAUCCCUGUGGAUGGCUCCUCUGGCCUUGAGUUCCCGACCCACUACAAACGCUUUGUGGUCAAGAUGUUCACAUUUGUGGAUGCCGACACUCUGGCCCCUCUGAAGGACAGGGUACUCCUUACUCUAUUAUAGCAGGUGUACUCGAAUCUGGGUCUCAUGGUCUGCAGGACUGCUGGGUUUUUCCCCUCCCUGAUGGUUGACUGACUUGCCAGAGUCCAUGCUCCUCUUUAACAAGUCUGACUCAGUCAAUAUGUUGGAAAGCAGUGCUGCGGACCUCAGACCAGUUUGAAAUGACCUUACAGUUUAAAUGGCUAAUGUAGUUGAUACCAUGCUAACCGUAGUUUGCUUUCUAUCCAGGUGUACAUCCACUGUAGUACAGAGGUGUGCCACCCUACUAGGACCCACUCUUGUCAACAGAGCUGCAACCGGCAAAGUAAGAUGUAUAUUUUUUUUAAAUCUUCCAGUUAGGGUUGAAGUACUGUUCAUCUAGCCUAAUUUUGUAAAGCUGUCAUCAACCCUGGUCCUAGAGGGCUGUGUAUGCCUUGGCUCCGGCCCCAGCACGCAAUAGCUCAACCUUUAUUUGGCGACUGACGUAAAUGCUAAAGAUAUUUUGUGACUUUCAAGUUGGGAUUUAGGGCCUUGGCGUCAAGCCGGUUUGUGUGCCUCAUGAUCUUCUGUUGCUCCUUUAGGGAGAGAUGUGGCUACAGUGACUUCUGUGGAUGGAGAGACUACAGUGGUGUCCAGUGGGGAGCUCAUUCUGAGCCGACCAUAA